CUUCCGGAGCUGGGGCCGCUCGGCCAGGGACCGGGAGUGCGAGCGAGUGCUUGUCGGGGUAGCGCUACGCCACAAUCGGGCCGGGUCUGGGGUGCGCUGGGCAGUUGCACAAGCCUGGUUCCCCCACCGGCAGUGUCAACGACGGUCUCCUUCUGGGGAGGGCGCCGCGGAAGGACCCCUGAGGGGGCCAGGGCAGGAUUUGGGGUGCGCACUGCCUCCCUCCUAGGCGGAGACGUUCACCAUUAGCAGCUCCUCGUUCCGCUACCGAGCCAGGCUUCCGGUCAGCGGAGGGUUCCUGUCCUCUCUUGGUGAACUUGAACAGAGGUAGAGGCAGAAUCGAAGCGUUUCCAAGCCAGAAGGUGAGAGGCAGUAGAGGUCAGGGAUGGGAAAGCUCCUGACUCCUGCGCAGAAGCUGCAGCUGCCGGCCCUGUGGCUGCUGGUGAGAAGUGAUGGUGCCCUCUGAACGCCUGCAGGACAUGGUGCAGUAACGGUAGCCUAGGGGAACCCAGGCAGGUGCCAGGAGCCAGUAUGCGAGGAUGACACCCCCGGAGGCCCUGGCCUCCCUCCUUCCCGGGUGCUAGGAGCCAUCCCUAGGCUCCAGCCGGGAGCCCUGCUGCCCAAGGGUAUGGCCAAACCUUUCUUCCGACUCCAGAAGUUUCUCCGCAGAACGCAAUUCCUGCUGCUCUUCCUCACAGCUGCCUAUUUGAUGACCGGUACCUUGCUGCUGCUGCAGCGGGCCCGCAUGGCCCUCCCCCAGAGCCCCCGGGCACCUGGCACGCUGCAGGCCUUGCCGGUGGCCACUGUGGCACUGGGCGUGGGCCUGCUGGACAGCAGAGGCCUCCAGGACUCCCGGGUCAGCUCGGACCUGCUGCUCAACAUGGACGUGUUGCAGAGCCCUCUGGCCCGGCUCCCACCUGGGCUCCGCUGGCCCCGGAGAAACCGCAGCUCAGUGCGGCGCCGCUGGUUCCACCACUUCGUGAAUGAUCCACAUGGGUCACCCACCCUGGGUCCCGAGGCCCCCAGAUCAGCCAUCCGCAGCCGAGGAACCUACCUCGGAUGCUUCAGUGACGAAGGCCAGGAGAGAACCCUGAAGGGGGCGGUGUUCUAUGACUUGAGGAAGAUGACAGUUGCCCAUUGCCAGGACGCAUGUGCUGAGCGGUCCUACAUGUAUGCCGGCUUGGAGGCUGGGGCAGAGUGCUACUGCGGGAACCGGCUGCCAGCUGGGCGCGUCGGGCUGAACGAGUGCAACCACGAGUGUAAGGGCGAGAAGGGCGCUAUGUGCGGGGCCGUGGGCCGGCUCUCCGUGUACCGAGUGGACAUGCUGCAGCCGGGCGCCAACAAGCGGCGGAUGGCCACCUACCGCGGGUGCUUCCGACUGCCAGAGAAUGUCACACACGCCUUCCCCACCUCCCUGAUCCAGGCCAACAUGACCGUGGAGAUGUGCUCAGGAUUUUGUUCCCAGAAAGAGUUUCCCUUGGCCGUCCUGCGGGUCUCGGAGUGCUACUGUGCCUACCCAACCCCCCAGUUCAACCUGCGGGAUGCUGUGGACAGCGCACUGUGUGGUCCUGCUCCUGAGGCACAGAGGACAGCUGGUUACUGCAUGGUCUACCAGACUCCUGUGCAAGACACACGGUGCACAGACAGGAGGUUCCUGCCCAACAAAUCCAAGGUAUUUGUGGCUUUAUCAAGCUUCCCAGGAGCCGGGAACACAUGGGCAAGGCACCUCAUUGAGCACGCUACAGGUUUCUACACAGGGAGCUACUACUUCGAUGGAACCCUGUACAACAAAGGGUUCAAGGGUGAGAAGGACCACUGGCGGAGCCGGCGCACCAUCUGUGUGAAGACCCACGAGAGCGGCAAGAGGGAGAUUGAAAUGUUUGACUCAGCCAUUCUGCUGAUCCGGAACCCCUACAGGUCCCUGGUGGCUGAAUUCAACAGAAAAUGUGCUGGGCACCUGGGCUAUGCUCCCGACCACAAUUGGAAGAGCAAAGAGUGGCCAGACUUCGUGAACAGUUAUGCGUCAUGGUGGUCCUCGCACGUGCUGGACUGGCUGAAGUAUGGGAAGCGGCUGCUGGUGGUUCACUACGAAGAGCUGCGCCGCAGCCUGGUGCCCACGCUGCGGGAGAUGGUGGCCUUCCUCAACGUGUCUGUGAGCGAGGACCGGCUGCUGUGCGUGGAGAACAACAAGGAAGGCAGCUUCCGGAGGCACGGCCAGCGCCCACAUGACCCAGAGCCCUUUACCCCCGAGAUGAAAGACCUGAUCAAUGGCUACAUCCGGACAGUGGACCAGGCCUUGCGUGAUCACAACUGGGCUGGGCUGCCCAGGGAGUAUGUGCCCAGAUGAUAGGCCCCCGCUCAAGCUGCUCACCUCUGCUGCAAGAUGCAGUCAUGCCAUGGAACUAUACCCCUGCUCUGCUGCUGGGCUGUGGACCUCUGGGACAUGGGACAUGUGGCUGCUUGCACACAGUCGGCAGGGAGGCUCUCGGGUGCUGCCUCACAUGCAGAGAGACCUGAUCUAGAUGCCAAAUGCAGACAGACAGACAUCACAGGACAGAUGCAAAUGGACACACGCUCCUGACAGACACUCACACAUCCACAGACACUUAGACAUUAUUCCACAUUCACAGUGCUCAUUUUGAUGUGCCUAAGCCACCCAUGCAGGGUAAGCCAGAUGUGCCCAGCCUUGCAAAUGCAGCCACACACAGACACAAACGUAGGUGCAGGGAGUGUGCCCAGGGGCUGGCUGGCUGUCUAUCUGUCAUACAUGCACAUGCACACACAUGCAGCCUGAGCUCUGAGAGGCCCUAGGCUUCCCGUGUCCAGCACCAGCCCAGACCUGCUUGCCGGAACCCUCAACUCUGGAAUGCCAGGGUGGACAGGCAUUUGUGCUUCAAGCAGGAAGGGGUGGAGGUGGGUGUACAGGCUGUUGAUGUUGGGCUAUGCGGUCCUGACCUUGUCUGACAUCCCAUAAAGGUGUGUGCUGUGACUGCCAGGCACUGCAAGCUGCAGCCCCGCCUCUCUCUUCUCUGUGGAUGGGACGCUGAGGCACUAUGGGCAGAGUAAAGCCCACCCCUCUGCCUGCCCUGCCAUUCUCUUCCACUCACCCCAAGUCAGGGCUCCUCAGAAUGGGGCCCCCUCCUGCCUCCUUCCCCUUUCUAAGAAAGCUGGGAAUUCCCACUCUGCACCAGAAGCAGGGUGUGAAGGUUGCGGUGGGGCAGGCCUAAGCCUCUAGGGGAGUUGAAGAUUCAAGAGGCCCACAUGCCAGCAGGAGGGGGCUGAGGUGAACAUGGGAGACCCCUGAGGGUGCAUCUUGGGGCCACUGGGACUGUUGCCCCACACACCUUAAUAAGACCUGUUCUCUGGGGUCUCACAGUGGGGUCAUAGGAAUGUCCUGUGUGACCCUUGUGGCACAGCUUCUUCCUGACCCCUGUUGGCAGAGCCCUCUGUGUCACUCUGUGUUUGCCCUGACACAUCCUGUCACUAUUAUAUUGCCACUCAGCCUCUUACCACA